AUGGCCUCGUCUUGUCCCCUAUUGGCCAUUUUCAUGACCCUGGCUCUGGUUGCGAGCAUUGACAGCGCCGCCGGUGCUGGACUUACCUCAGAAUUUUACGCCAGAUCUUGUCCAAAUCUCUUCUCCACCGUGAGACCGAUAGUUCAAUCUGCAAUCGAUAAGAAUCCCCGAAUGGGUGCCUGUCUUCUCCGCCUCUUCUUCCACGAUUGUUUUGUUAAUGGAUGUGAUGCAUCGUUGCUCCUCGACGAUGUGCCGCCCUUCUUUAUAGGAGAGAAAAAUGUGCAUCCGAACAAAGUUUCUGCAUGUGGAUUCAAAAUCAUCGAUCAAAUCAAGAACGCCGUCGAGAGAGCAUGCCCGGGACUCGUCUCAUGUGCCGAUCUAGUUGCUAUUGCCGCAAGAGACUCUGUUGGCAUUCUUGGAGGGCCAAAAUGGGAGGUCCAAUUGGGAAGAAAAGACGCAAAGACUACAAACCCUUUAGUCGCCAACAUCAGCAUUCCAACAUCAAGCGCUAGCCUAAAGGAGCUCAUCAUAAGAUUUGGCGGCGUCGCCCUCAGCACGCGAGACCUGGUUGCUUUGUCAGGAGCUCACACACUCGGCCAAGCACAGUGUCACAACUUCAGGAAACGCAUUUACAACGAGAGCAACAUCGACAAGGACUUUGCCGAACAAAGAAGAGCAGAAUGUCCGAGAACCUCCGGUAACACCAACUUGGCUCCCAUCGACGGCGAAACUCCAUAUGUGUUCGACAACAGCUACUACAAGAACCUUGUCAAGAACAAGGGGCUACUGCAUUCCGAUCAGCAGUUGUUCAGUGGAGGGCGAACAGAUGCACUAGUGAAAACUUACAGUGUCAGCCAGGAAAGCUUCUUCAUGGACUUUGUGAGUGCUAUGCUCAAGAUGGGAAGCAUUAACCCGCUGAUUGGUCCAGCUGGUGAGGUCAGGAUACUUUGUAGGAGAAUCAAUCCAUUAUAUUGA